UCCUUUUACAGGACAAGUCGCUCCUCCCUCACAGAGGACAGGUCAAAGAUGGCGUCGAUUAGGUGUUUUCUUCGCUCCGGGAAGAGUGCCGUUUCGGUGGUCCUGCGUAGAGAGUUCAGCAAGACCUCUCCAGCGGCUGUGCAGGUGAAUGUCCGAGAUGCGCUCAACCAGGCGAUGGACGAGGAACUGGAGAGGGAUGAGAGAGUCUUCCUUCUGGGUGAGGAGGUGGCCCAGUAUGAUGGAGCCUACAAGGUGAGCAGGGGACUGUGGAAGAAAUACGGAGACAAACGAAUCAUCGACACGCCAAUCACAGAGAUGGGCUUUGCAGGCAUUGCCGUUGGUGCGGCAUUCGCUGGGUUGAGGCCAAUCUGUGAGUUCAUGACCUGGAACUUUUCCAUGCAAGCCAUCGACCAGGUGAUCAACUCAGCUGCUAAGACCUACUACAUGUCAGCCGGAGCCCAGCCUGUCCCCAUUGUGUUCCGUGGUCCCAACGGCUCCUCUGCAGGUGUGGCAGCCCAACACUCCCAGUGUUUUGCUGCCUGGUACGGCCACUGCCCCGGCCUCAAAGUAAUCAGUCCCUGGAGCGCUGAGGACGCCAGAGGACUCCUCAAAGCAGCUAUCAGGGACAACAACCCUGUGGUGUUCCUGGAGAAUGAGCUGAUGUAUGGUGUGCCCUUUGACCUGUCUGAGGAGGUUAUGCAUAAAGACUUUGUCUUACCUAUUGGAAAGGCCAAGGUAGAAAGACAAGGAACCCACAUCACUCUCGUGUCACAUUCCCGGUGUGUGGGUUUCUGCCUGGACGCAGCCGCCGUCCUGGCUAAAGAGGGGGUUGAAUGUGAGGUGAGUGUCGUCCUUUAA